AUGGGCCCUGCUGAUUUCUGCGGACAGGACGAAGCUGAAUACGAACCCGCCGCCAGGAAAGCCGAACAAGAUGAGAUCACCAAACUUGUUGAUAAAAUCAACAUCUCUGCGCUUAUUUCUCGAGCCUCGGCUUUACGAGGAGGCCUCAAAUGUUCCAUACCACACGACCUCCAGUCCAACGCCACUUCUCCGCCAGCAGAGCUACGAGAUUACAUUCUGCGUAGUGAGGUCGCAACCCUGCAGUUCCUUGGUGAAACUCAAGUCCCAGUUCCGAAAGUUUUUGACUUUAAUUUUUGUGAAACAAACCCUGUUGGUGUUGGAUAUAUCCUCAUGGAGAAGCUGCCUGGAAGUUCCCUGCGCUGGUCUCUUGCCACUCCUGAGCAAAGAAGAAAGGUGACAAGUCAGCUCGCGGACGUCUACAUAGAGCUGAAGGCUCAUCCUUUCACUAUGACAGGCUCUAUGCACCAUCCUGGCUCCCAUGAUAUUGGACCAUUUGCUCGAGAGUCCUUGACAGAGUAUCAUGAUUCUCAGAUGAAAGCGCUCGGCCCUUUCUUCUCAACUGAAGCGUACUUUAGCGCACAUAUCCAAUUGAUUUUGGAUUUGAUCAUUCGACAGGAGUCGUACGUCGACCGGGCAGUUGAUGCCUUUUUAAUUCAUCGGUUUCUCUUGGACAAAGUCUCGGAGGCUUGCUCUCAAAGUCAUCUUGACGACGGGAAGUUCUACUUGAAGCAUGCGGACGAGAAGGGGGACCAAAUACUCGUGGACGAUGAAUUCAAUAUCACCGGAAUCAUCGACUGGGAGUGGGCGCAUACAGAUUCCAAGUCAGCAGCUUUCAAUUCACCGAUUGUUCUGCUCCCCGUUGCUGAUUUUUAUGCGGGUGAAAACUCCAUCAGUGAAGACGAAACAUUUUUUGCAGAGUGCUUCGAAGCAAAAGGCCAUCCGGAUCUCGGACUGAUUGUCAGGAAUGGCCGGCUCAUUCACAGAUUUCGAUUUUGUUGCGGCUACGAUCUGGCCGAUUGGGACGGAUUCCUUGGGCUCUUUGCCGGACUUCUAGGAGCUAUGGGAAUCACUAAUGAUUUUCAUUGGGAGAUUUGGAAAGCAGAAGCCUUGGAACGCUACAAAUAUGAUCAUCAACUCCAAAAAGUGAUCGAAAUAUACAACUAG